GUGGAUUCUAGGGCAGUCUUAGGAUGGCAGUAGCUGCUGUCGCUAUAGGGUCACUUUUAUGUAAGGAUGAAGACAUUGCCAAGGAUCUAUGCGCCCUUUCGACACCAUAUGAGAAAGCCUCUGGUAAUUCCAAAAUUUGAGGCAACCAAGAAGAUAGAAAUUUCACCAUAUCUGAUCCUUCAAUACCUUCGGAUGUUAAGGACUGCAUCCUGGAGCCUCUCUCAUUUCCAGAAUAUUUAUGUGGUGUUUCUAGUCCAGAAGGUUCUCAGGUUGUUGUUUGCAUGUUUUGCAAUGAAAACUCUCCUUUAGCAGAAAAGGACAAACUUUUAAAGCAUAUGAUCUUGGAACACAAGCUUGUAAUAGCUGAUGUCAAACUUAUUGCAGACUUUGAAAGGUACAGUUUAUACUGGAAGAAACGAUUUACAGAGCAGCCUGUUACAGACUUUUGCAGUGUGAUCAGAACAAACUCUAAAGGACCCAUCGAGGAACAGGAGCAUUACUUUCUCCUCUGUGAUGCAUUGCCAGAAGAUCGCAUUUUAAGAGAACAGCUUCAGCAAAAGAGACUGGAAAAUGUUUUGGAGCAACAACAGCAAGAAAGGAAUGACACCAAUUUUCGCAGGGUGUGUAUGUUUUGCAGCGAAGAAUUCUCUGGAAACAGGUCUGUUCUGUUCAAUCAUAUGGCAAGAGAUCAUGCCUUUAAUGUAGGCUUGCCAGAUAACAUUGUGUACUGCACUGAAUUCUUGGAUCUAUUACAGAGCAAAAUUGAUAGUCUACAGUGUUUCUACUGUGAAAAGUUCUUCAGAGACAAAAACACACUCAAGGACCAUAUGAGAAAGAAACAGCAUAGAAGAAUUAAUGCAAAAAACCAUGAGUAUGAUCGAUUUUAUGUCAUCAACUAUUUGGAACUUGGAAAGUCUUGGGAAGAAGUGCAGUCGGAGGAUGACAGAGAACUAAUGGGCGAGGAAGAAGAAGAUUGGUCAGACUGGCAGGAGCACACUGUGUGUGCUGUUUGUCUGUUCUGUGAACAUCAGGCUGACUCAACAGAGAAUCUGUGCCUGCAUAUGAAGAACUCUCAUGAUUUUGACCUCCUGAAGAUAAAAGCUGAACUUGGUCUGAAAUUUUACCAGCAAGUAAAAUUGGUGAAUUUCAUUAGACGAGAACUGCAUCAGUGUCGCUGUUACAGCUGCCAGAAAAAGUUUAUUUUGAAAGAGGAUCUGAUAAACCAUUUGACAGAAGCCAGUCACAUUGCAUCACUGCCAGAUGUAUCGGUGUGGGACCAGCCUCAGUACUACUUUCCUACAUAUGAAAAUGAUUCCCUUCUCUGUGCGCUGUCCGAUGACAGUGACACCGAGUCAUCUGGAGUAGAUGGAAAUGAAAGUAUUCCUGUCUAUGCAGAAGAUGUGUCCAACCUGGAAGCUCUAAAACAGAACAGCAUUUUGAAUGAGAUCCUGAAAACAGAUACGUCAAAAAUGUAGAAAAGAGACACAUUUUGACAUCGUGAAAAUCGACUAAAUAACCCAAAACCAUCAAAGGGUGCUAAGCAGUGAAGGAGUUACUGACAGGCCAAACACUGUACUGCCUUGCAGCUAUCUGGAAAUGUAGUAUUUCUGUGGGGGUUUGCUUAUCUGUUCAAAAAAAAAAAAAAAGAAAAUAACUUUCCAUAUGAGUGACAGUACUGCACUGCGAUAGUAAAAAAAGACAUAUCCUGUGUGUGUGCAACCAUGCCAAGAUUGCUGCAAGUUCUCCAUAAGCACACACUGAAGAAAGAAGGAAGUAAAGAUUUAUUUAGAAUCUGAAAGUGAUAGCUUAAGUUCUUGAUUGGCCCCUCAGUUUUUACACAGUAGUGCCUCUUGAGCACCAUUGCCAACCCACAAUGUUAAACGAUUUUUUGAGGAAAUGGAUACAGUUGUAACUCCCUGGGUGGUAAGUGUAAAAAGAGCUACUGAGCUUGCUGGAUGCCUGAAAAUCUUCACUGUCAGAAUUCCACCCCCUCCCCUUAAUAUUUAUGCUUGCAUCAAUAGUGCAUUUACUAACCCCCUAUACCACCACAAAAUAUUCCAGAAACAGCCUCUCCCUGGACCCACUAGCAGUGACUGAAGGUACACAUUUUUUUACCUUUCCCUAUGGCUCAUUCUUUCAUAUUAAAUCUCUGGAUCAUGGAAAAGAUGGACUGUAUGUUAAUCUUAUCCGCAGUGUAACAUGCUGUAGGUGUUUUAAUAUCACUCAGGAAAGACAGCUUAGUUCAGCUUCAUAUACUGUGCAUUUCUUAAUGGGUCAGUUCUUUGUUUUAUACCAAAAAUUAGCAUACAUACAUUAAAUUCCAUUCCUUCUAUUAAACUUGUAAGAAAAACAAAUGCCAGGCUUAUGGAACUAAGACUGUAACAGCAAGUUUACAGUACGACAUCUCAUUGCCUGUGUGUUUUCACGUCAUUUAGUAAGACUUCACUGGAACUGAAUGGUUCAGUAUUAACUUCCCAUUUUAGUUUCUCUGCAGAAGGUUGCCUGAAAAUGUAACAGAAGUAAAACUGGACUGCAGAUUUGCAUGAAAUCAUUCUCUCUGUAAUGCUGUCACUUUGUUUUGUUUUGUUUUGUUUUUAAUAUGUUAUUGUCAGUUACACUGGUACAUAAAGGUUUAUCUAUACCAAAUGCUAAGUAUCUUA